AUGCUCAACCGCCUCCACGGGCAGCCCGAGAGUUACGACAAGAAGUCGAAAUAUCGAUUCGGAAGAACCCUAGGCGCAGGCACAUACGGUAUCGUCAGGGAGGCGGACGGCCCUAACAGCAAGGUGGCUAUUAAGAUUAUCCUCAAGAAAAAUGUCAAGGGCAACGAGCGCAUGGUGUACGACGAGCUGGAUAUGCUCCAGCGACUCCAGCACCCUCACAUUGUCAAGUUUGUUGACUGGUUUGAGUCGAGAGACAAAUAUUACAUCGUCACCGAGCUGGCGACUGGCGGAGAGCUGUUCGACAGGAUCUGCGAGCAGGGGCGAUUUACUGAGAAGGAUGCUUCUCAAACCAUCAGACAGGUGCUCGAAGCUGUCGACUAUCUACACAGCAAGAAUGUCGUGCACAGAGACCUGAAACCAGAGAACCUGCUCUACCUCAACCGGAACCCGGACUCGGACCUCGUCCUCGCCGACUUUGGCAUCGCAAAGAUGCUCGACUCCAAGGACGAGGUCCUGACGACCAUGGCCGGCUCCUUCGGCUACGCCGCGCCCGAGGUGAUGCUCAAGAAGGGCCACGGCAAGCCCGUCGACAUGUGGUCGAUGGGCGUCAUCACCUACACGCUGCUGUGCGGCUACUCGCCCUUCCGCUCCGAGAACCUGCAGGACCUCAUCGACGAGUGCUCCUCGGCCCAGGUCGUCUUCCACGAGCGCUACUGGAAGGACGUCUCGCAGGACGCCAAGGACUUCAUCAUGCACCUGCUGCAGCCCAACCCGGACGACCGCUGGUCGUCGGGCCAGGCCCUCGCGCACCCCUGGCUGCGCGGCGAGAGCGCCACCGACCACAACCUGCUGCCCGAGAUCAAGGCCUUCAUGGCCAAGGCGCGCCUCAAGCGCGGCAUCGAGCUCGUCAAGCUCACGAACCGCAUCGAGGCGCUCAAGAUGCAGGAGGACGAGGACGCCGACCACUCGGACCUGCCCGGCGACGCGACGUGGGCGGCCGACCAGUCGCGCAAGGCGGCGGGGUCGGGGUCGUCAUCGGCCGGUGCGGACGCGGCGGCGGCGGGCCAGGAGGGCGGCGGCGGCGCGGGCAAGCGCAACCUGUCCAAGGCGAUCAAGGGCGCCAUCUUCCGCGAGGUCGUGCUGGCCAAGGUGCGCGAGAUGAAGCAGCAGGAGCAGACGCUCAAGGCCGCCGAGGAGGUGGAGAAGGAGGUCAAGCGGCGGAGCUUCCACGGGUGA